AAAAUAGUUUUGACCAAUCAAGAUAGGUCAUCUUCGGCCAAUGAUGCACAUCUAUUUUCUGAAGCGGCUUUAACAUUGAGCAUGCGCCCUGUACCUCCUGCUCGAUCUCGACGCGCUGCUCCGCUCCAGCAAGAUAAUGCCGAUGCACCUUGUGCAGUACAGGCGCUGCAUGUUCUAAUCCCGCUCAAACCGCAACAAACGCCGACUGCUAUGCCUCCCAGAUUGACUCAAGCAGUCAAAGAUGAAUUUGCUAUCUGCUACCUGCAGCAGAUUGGCGCCAACUCCACUCCGGAGAACAUUGCCAUGGUGUUGCAACACUUGCCAGUGGAGAAAUGUGCAGUAUCAGCCGCCUGGAAAUCACGCGGAUCAUUGGCCGACGUCUUGGCAAUUGACUUGAACCCGAAGUCGCUGACUCAAGUUGGUGAAUCUCAAGUCAAGCUAGAAGAGAGAUCUGCUACCCAGCCAAGCAGGACGGAUGGAACCCCAAUACCACUAUUAUCGCCGAGACGACAGCUUCAUGGUCAGCACUCUUUUCAAAUCGGCACGGUUUGCUUCACUUUUGACGAUAUGAAGCGUAAGUUUUUGCUGCCGUUCAAGUUGGCCACGGUACCACCUGAACUCGACGUAUUACAGCUUUUUGGAACUCAUUUAGAGACUGACACAAACUUGGUAGAUAUGCUGUCGCCCAACCAAGUUAAACAACUUGGCGCUGCGCCUGACUCACCGACAGCUCGAAGCGCUAUCGCCAAAUGGGAGGCACAGCGACAGCUCAAAUCUGUAGACGAACGCAGUGUACCGCCAAACGCCAGCGCAGAAACAGUGUCUGAAAUGCACAUCGAGUUCUACCUUACCUUGCCAUUGGCUUUAUUAGGGCUGCCCGAGAGCGACGAAGGCACACGAACUGUACUAUACGAGACGCUACUAAGCCCCGCCAUGAUUGAACUUGUUCAGAGCACUGUGCAGUACCUCUUCCUCACGGUGAUUCACCCGCAGUCUACAAGGGAGAAGAGGCACACCAGUACCGAGAAAGACGAUCUCUUUGUAGCCAUCGCGCAGCGUUUCACUCUGCUUAGAACCAAGAUGGAGCGCAAGCAGCGAUCCUCGCCUCGACAGCUCGCAAUACUCGUGCCUCUUUUGCUACUUGCCCUACGUGUGGAUAUAGAGACAUUUGUUCGUCUACAGUAUCCGAUAAGCUUCUCCUGUGCCGCUGAAGAGAUGACUCAACUACUACAAGCUAUCGACACUCGGAUCACGCAGUUAUUAGACGCCGAUGCCAACUGGAGUCGUCUAGCUGUGCUGGAGACUACGCACGAGGCCAGCCAAGCCCGUGCAUCGUCUUCCUUUCAACGCGCACGCCGACAUCGACGCCUCCGCGACCAAUUUUACCAGACUAGCGCAGUGCUGCAUGGCCUUUUCCCAGAUCCUUCCUCAGGCAAGUCCCGCCGUCUCAUGGCUCUACGUGGGGGUGCCAGGAUAAGCCACUACCCAGACCCUGUUCGUACAGCCAAGCAGGAAGAAUCUCGUCUAUCAGACGUCCCUGUAGCUUCCAAACUCUCUCUCCUCCAAAGUCUUCGACGCUCCCAACAAACCUAGUUAAACACUGUACGAAAUCAUAGCAAAUGGAAAGAUCGUAUUUUUCUCAAAAGCUCAGAAAAUGAAGUUAAAAUGCUACCAGCGUCAAUUGGAGAGGCCUUUUGAUCCAAUCUGACAGGCCUC